AUGACAAACGUCAGGGAAAAAAACGUUUGAUGAUUUAGAUGCCUCUGUUUUCUUUGGCAGAAACCUUUUAAAAAGUCUUAGUCAAUAAAUAUUUACAAAAUUUAAACAUGUCUCAACGAGGUCGUUUAAAACCCAACGAUGAACAGAGAGUGCGUGAAAAUAUAAUUAAAUUGAAAGAAAAUAUAGAUGGUCAACUUUUCUUGGAUUUAUUUUUUCAAAAAAAAAAUUAUUACCCAAGAUGAAAGAGAGCAUAUCAAAGCAUUGCCUACUCGUUUGAAGCGUGCAGAUGCAUUCUUAGAUCGACUUCUGGAUUCUGGGCCAGCCGAUGCUUAUGGCUGUUUUAUUGAAAUUUUGAGGCAACACUAUGAAGACAUAGCAAAAAUUGUGGAAGAAGCAAAAGGGGUAGAAAUCUCUUACUCUUGGUUUGAGGAGUUACCAGAUCAAUUCAAACAAACUCAGAUCACUGAUGCUAUGGCCACCAGAUUAUCAGAAUGCUUUGGUAGUAACUGGGAAAGGGUAAUGUUGGAAUUAGGUCACACUCAGGUAAUCAUUGACAGAGAGAAGCAGAACUGCAGCAAAAACGUUGUUCGGGCCAUCACAAAUCUUUUAAUCAAGUGGCGACAACAGCAGCAUAGAGCGGCCACCUACGAGAAGCUGGUGGGGUGCCUAAAACUUUUGAAUAAUGGUCGUAGUGUUAACAUUAAUUUUAAUAAACUAGAAAAUAUUCUGGUCGAAGAAAAUAAAAGGCUGGGGUUUGCCAUGAAAACAAAUGAAAAUAGUACAGGAGUCUCUCAAUAAAGUCUAUUAUAAGCCUUAGAAUAUUUUAUAUUAUAUUUUUGACUUGUGUUAUCUUGUUUUUUAAAGGUACCUGAUAAAUUAAAUUUAGUGUUGUUAAUUAUGACUGACUUAUUGAAAGUAAAAAUUGUAUUUUAUAGUUUA